AUGGCCAACGCUGUGGCUUCCUACGACCAGCUGGCCCACCAGGUGGAGGCGCUCCGCAAGGAGAACUCGCACCUGAGGAGGGAACUGGAGGACAACUCCAACCACCUGUCCAAGCUGGAGACGGAGACCACCGGCAUGAAGGAGGUGCUGAAGCAGCUGCAGAGUAAACUGGAGCAGGAGGCGGGAACGCUGGCGUCAUCCGGCCGGAGCGACGUGCUGCACCAGCUCAAAGAGCUGCACAUGGACCUGACGAACUACUACGAGCUGAAGCAUCAGCCUCACAACCUCCGCCUCCUCCCGGACGGGUUGGGGGGGGCGGAGCUGGACGACCGCCUGGCUCUGCCUCCGUCCUCCUGCUCCUCCUCGUUGUCCUCGGUUACGGCGGCGGUGAGUCGGGCCAGGAGUCCGCUCAGAGCCGCGUCCCGGCAGAGCACCUCGUCCGGAGGGGAAGCCGCCGCCAUCAUGCUGCCGCAUCACUUCCUGGACGGAGCUCCGCCCAAAACGGCCGUCAUCAGCGGAGCAGACGGACGGCUGAGCGACCAUCACCUGGAGGAGCUCUACAAGGAGAGGAACCUGCUGCUGGGAGAGAUCGACCGUGAGGAGAGAGAGAGAUGCUGGUACUUCAGUCAGCUGGACGGACUCUCACAGAGACUGGCUCAGCUGCCACGCAUAGACACGUUUUCUCUGCAGAUGGAUCUGAUCCGUCAGCAGCUGGAGUUCGAGGCCCAGCAGGUGCGCUCGGUGAUGGAGGAACGUUUCGGGACGAGCGACGAGGUCGUUCAGCGGACGCAGAUGCGUGUUGCUCGUCUGGAGCAGCUGGAGAAGGAGCUGCAGGAGUCCCGAGGGAGUCAAGAGAGCCAGCUACAGCUGUCCGGAGCAGAGAAGCCCCCUGCUGGAGAACCGGAGAACAACACGUCAUCAGCUGGAGCUGCAGGAAGCGAAGCUGCUGCAGACGGAGGAAGCAAGGUGGAGAUGGUGUUCUGGCUGCUGUCCAUGCUGGCUAACAGAGACAAGGAGGAAAUGUCCCGGACUCUGCUGGCGUUGUCCAGCUCUCAGGACAGCUGCAUCGCUAUGAGGAAGUCCGGCUGCGUCCCCCUGCUGGUCCAGAUCCUGCACGAAGCUCCCGGCGGGUCUGGAGAGGCGGCGGCUGCAGGCGGCUCGACGACCUGCUGCAGCCGCGAAGCCAAGUCCAGAGCGAGCGCCGCGCUGCACAACAUUAUCUACUCCCAGCAGGACGAAGGCCAGGCCCGCCGGGAGAUGAGGGUUCUGCACAUGCUGGAGCAGAUCCGCACCUACUGCGACAGCGGCUGGGACUGGAUCGAGAGCCAUACCGAGACUCCGUCACCCGGAGGAACCAAAACCACCGACAUUCCUGAACCUGUCGACCCUCAGAUCUGUCAGGCCAUGUGUGCCAUCAUGAAGCUUUCCUUUGAAGAGGAGUACCGCCGUGCCAUGAACGAAUUAGGCGGUUUGCAGGUGGUGGCGGAUCUGAUCCACCUGGACCAGGAAAUGUACGGCAUGCAGAACGACCCCAUCAACAUGGCGCUGCGCCGCUACGCAGGGAUGGCUGUGACUAACCUCACCUUCGGAGACGUCGUCAACAAGGCCACUCUGUGCUCCAAGAAGAGCUGCCUGCAGGCUCUGGUGGCCCAGCUGGGCUCAGACAGCGAGGAGCUGCACCAGGUGGUUUCCAGCAUCCUGAGGAAUCUGUCCUGGAGGGCCGACAACAGCAGCAAGAGAGUCCUCAGAGACAUCGGCUGUGUGUCUGCACUGAUGACCUGCGCCCUGCAGGCCACAAAGGAAUCCACCUUAAAAAGUCUUCUGAGUGCUCUGUGGAACCUGUCAGCUCACAGUAUUGACAACAAGGUGGCAAUCUGCUCAGUGGACGGCGCUCUGGGCUUCCUGGUCAGCACGCUGACGUACCGCUGUCAGACCAACUCACUCGCCAUCAUUGAGAGCGGAGGAGGAAUCCUCCGAAAUGUGUCGAGUCUAGUCGCCACAAGAGAAGACUACAGGCAAAUCCUCAGGGACCACAACUGCCUCCAGACCCUGCUGCAGCACCUGCGCUCCCACAGUCUGACCAUAGUGAGCAACGCCUGCGGGACUCUCUGGAACCUUUCUGCCCGAAGCCCAAAAGACCAGGAGCUGCUGUGGGACCUCGGGGCAGUUAGCAUGCUGCGUAACCUCAUCCACUCCAAGCACAAGAUGAUAGCCAUGGGCAGUGCCGCAGCUUUAAGAAACCUUCUCACCAAUCGACCCCUGAAAUAUAAAGAUGCUGCAGUUGUAUCCCCAGGCUCCUGCAUGCCCUCGCUCUACAUGAGGAAACAGAAGGCUCUGGAGGCUGAGCUGGAUGCCAAGCACCUAGCUGAGACUUUUGAUACCCUUGAGAAACAGAGUCCCAAACAUCUGGGCCUUAACAAGCCGCUACGACACAUUGAGAGCCUGGCGAAGGAUUAUGCAUCUGAUUCUGGCUGCUUUGAUGACGAUGAGGCCCCAAAUGUCUCCACUAGUCUGGAUACUGGAAGUUUCUCUAUGCUGUCCAUGUUCCUCACCAACUCUAAUUUCUUGCAAAACCAGCCACGUAAGAGAGACAGCGAGCCUGAGAGGGAUGUAGACCUGCCUCAGGCCAUGGAGAGGAGACAUGCACCUCCUGACGAUGUAUCUGCUGCCGCCGAGAAACUAGCAAAAAAGAUCACCAACACAGUUGCCAAGAUUGACAGAUUAGUGGAGGACAUCACCAUGCAUACUUCCUCUGAGGACAGCUUGAGCCUCAGCUCUGAAGACCACCUGGCGGACUGGCCUUACGGUCUGGAUGAACUUAAUGAAGCCCGAGCUAAAUCAUGCUCACCCUGCCGUCUGUCUGAAACAAGUAGUUUAGCCCACAGAGAACGCCUCAAUAGAGCCCACGCCCUGUUGCGCCUUAAAACUGCUCAUACGAGCGUAUCCACAGACAGCCUCAACAGUGGCAGCACCAGUGAUGGCUACUGUGGCAGCAAAGAGCAGGUCCGACCUCCCCCAAGAGCUCUAAUCAUGCAACAACGACCUAACCAGCUUGAUCUCAAGGUGGCUCAUCAAGAGUAUCUAAAUAUACGUCCUGCUGUGAUAAAUGAAACAAGCCAGCAAGAUAUUCCAGAGAGAGACUCUGUGGACAACAAAGAUAUUGAAGCUUUGGAGCUCAGCAGCAUAGAUGCAGAAAAGAACCAGGAACAAGCUGUACAAUCACCCGUCAGUGCAUCCACUAAAGUCUCCUCUGAUGUCAGCAUGACUUCCAUCAAGCUGUCUCCCUCUUAUCAACAGGUACCGCUCAUUCAGAGUGUGGCCAAAUUUGGUGUAGCAAAGACAGCAAUCAACGUUCAGGCUGCCCAAGCAAUGAGGAGGCAAGCCUGGGUGCCCACUGUGAUGACUGGUGGGAGUAUUACGAAGUUUUCUCCAAUGACAUCCACAAAAAGUCCAACUAUUGGGACAAUGGAGACGGUCCAGAAAUACUCAGUGGAGAACACGCCGAUCUGUUUCUCUCGAUGCAGCUCGCUGUCCUCCCUCUCCUCUGGUGAUGGAGCACUGGACGGACAAAGUGAUAAUGAGCUCGAGAGUGACUCAUCAUUAGAAAUCAUUGAAGUGGAGGACGGAGAGGUGGUGAAGAGAGCUGAAGAGGAUGAGACUCUGGAGGAUCUGAGCGACAGCCAGCUGCUGUUGACAGACUCAAAAACCUUCCCAAGCAAAGACCCAGGUCCCAUUGAAAUCCCCUGUCCUGCUAAAAGGGAAAAGGUGUUUCUUAGGGGGGCUUCGCCAGCUAUACUUGAAGACAGAUCUCCAUCCAGUUCAUCCGAGAACUACAUCCAUGACACGCCCCUGGUAAUGAGUCGCUGUAGCUCUGUCAGUUCACUGGGUAGCUUUGAGUCUCCAUCUAUUGCUAGCUCAAUCCAAAGUGAUCCCUGCAGUGAGAUGAUUGAUGGAACAAUAAGCCCAAGUGAUCUUCCCGACAGCCCAGGGCAAACGAUGCCUCCUAGUCGAAGUAAGACUCCAUGUUGUGUAGAGCCAAAUGGACCAGAAGCACAGGCAGCAGGAGUAGCAGGUCAGUGGGAAAACAGCCUGCGGAAGUUCAUGGAGAUCGCAGACACCAAGGAGAGGUUUAACCUUCCUCCUGACCUGGACACCAUGAUCUACUUCACUGUGGAAAAGCCCACUGAGAAUUUCUCUUGUGCUUCAAGCUUGAGUGCUCUGCCACUUCAUGAGCACUACAUACAGAAAGAUGUGGAGCUGAAAUUGACCCCCUUACUCCAGCAAAACGACAAAAAUCUUCCUUUCCCUGAUGAGGAUGAGCAAGGACUGGACCAUGGUGAGAGAUAUAGUGAAGGCAACUCAGAUGAUGACAUAGAAAUCUUAAAGGAAUGCAUCAACUCAGCAAUGCCAUCCAAGUUCAGAAAAGUAAGACCUUCCUUGAUGACCACCAUACCUACUCAUAUUCUCAAUUCCCAGAUCCGAAAACCAAUACAUCUUCCAGUAUACAUGAUGCUCCCAAAUGGAAAAGCUCAAAUGUGUACUGGUAGGAGAAUUGUCAUCCCACAGAAGGACUUAAAAUUUGAUGAUUCAUCCUUCACUGAUUCUGCAGAGGGUACACCUGUCAACUUCUCCAGCACAACAUCGUUAAGUGAUGAAACACUUCAGUAUCCAGUGAAAGAGAGGGGCGCUAAGGACUGCACAGCUAAGGGUAUUAACAAGCAAGAACUGCUUGAUGAUGAGGCGAAGAGGAUUGAAGACUUGAGGAUAUUCUCACACUUCCACAAACCAAACAGGAUGAACUACCCACCUGAGAUUCAAAUGAACAGAACAACCAAACAUGUCAUUCCCACUCAGAGGGUGCUGAUGCAGAGCAAAGAGGUGGCUGAUAGAGUUGCUAGCCAAAGAAUUCGUGAUCAUUCUCCUAAUCAACAAAAAAAGAGGCAAGGCACCAUCAGGAAACUGGAACUGCCCGUCAUAAAGCAGAACACAGAAGGUAACCUUAAUAUGGGAUCACAAAAAAGAAACACAGUUUAUAAACAAAUGGCACAUUCAUCAGAGGAGAGUAACUGCUUCUAUGAUGAUGAAAAUGAUGAAGAAAUAACAAAACAUCCAAGCAGAAAACAGAUCAGGGAAGCUAGUAGGAAUACUCUCUCUCGGAGCAUGACAAAUAUUGGGAGGAUUGAUCAUUCCCAAGCAAAGCCUAGAGGGUUUCACAAAAUAAAACAAAACCUAAUAAAAGAUGAAACUCUGGCAUGUUACUCACUCAGCUCUUCUCUGAGUUCACUGAGCGAUGCCGAGUUUGAAGAUCAUAAAUCAAAAGCUCAACAAAUAUGGUACAAAAACAGACAUAACAAGACACUGAACAUGAUGCAACAAACAAAGUCUAUGAACAUUCACAGUCAGUAUGAAGAGCAAAGCUCACCAAGUUCUGUCAGCAUGGAUUCAGAGGAUGACCUCCUUCAGAAGUGCAUAACAUCUGCCAUGCCAAAGCAGAGACGGAAGCUGGCUGCCAGGAAGAAGAAGGCAGAGAAUGCACAAAAACAAAGGUCCUCUGAUGGGUGGGACCUGGAUGAGGAAAUGGACAGUGAUGAUACAGCAUGGGAUAAUGAUUCAGACCUCAAUAGUGUUGAAUGGAGAGCCAUACAGGAAGGUGCUAAUUCUGUUGUCACUGGUCUGCAGGCAUCAAAAUCUCAAGAGCCGUCCUCUGAAGAGACCGAAUCAGUCUUGUCAUUCAUGUCAACAUCCAGCUUCACCCCCAAAGAAAAGAAGUUUGCUAAAGACAAAAAGGCAAACAAACCUCUGGACUUUGCACAGCGCAAGCCAGUUCCAAACUUGCCAGUGGUUUUCAGAGGCAGGACAGUGAUCUAUACACCGAAAAAAGAGGAAGCUCCAUCACAAAGACCUCCACCCAGGAAAGUACCAACCAGGACCGAUGCUCCAAAGAACCCAGACCUUGCUCAGCACAGAUCAAAGAGCCUUCACCGGUUAGGUAGGCCCCAGGACACAGAGCUGUCCUUGCCAAAGAGGAGCUCUACUCCACCUCCAAGGAUACCAAAAAGUUCAUCCUCUGGAUCAUCACAAAGCUCAACGCCGUCCAAGCACUCACAGAGGAAGAUAACAUCCCCCAUUCAGACAAAUAAAACAAUCCAGAAAAAGAAUGUCUCACCUGCUAGUAGCCCACCAGUCAGUAGUCCCCCUGAAAGAAAGGGACGCUCCCCUUUUGUGAAUCAAAAUGAAAAAUCUCCACCACCUAAAACCCAGAAGUCACCCGUCAGAAUCCCUUUUAUGCAAAAUUCAGGGAAGCAACCUAGACCUCUGUCACCGCUGGUAACUAACCAAACAACCAUCAGACAAAAUCAGAUGAACGGGAAAAGGGUUCCCCCUGCCAAUCGAUUUGACCUGGUCAGGAUGACUUCUGUCCAUUCAAGUGGUGGUGAGUCUGAUCGAAAUGGAUUCCUGAGACAACUAACAUUCAUUAAGGAAUCAAAGACUGUGCUGAGACGUGAUGGCUCUUCACGCAACAUGCCUGGAUCUCAGAAUGGAUCUCCCCGUAGAGCAGUUCCAGGACCUGCAGCUGUCUUUCUCUGCUCGUCACGCUGUCAGGAACUUAAAGCAGCUGUGCAAGUCCAGAGAAGAGUGCAAGGAAAAGGUUCAGGACAAGCUCAACAAGUCCAAAGGUCAGAUUCGGGCCGUCAGAGGCAGACUACAACCCUGUCCAGGGCGACCUCCAGUGAACGAGACAUAUCUGGAAGACGUCCAGCCAGGAGAACGAGCUCUGAAAGUCCCUGCAGGGUUGCUCAAAGGAACGCGCCUGGCAGAUUUUCUGGAGCAAGACAGCAGCAAGACAAAGAUACAUUUAAACGCCAUGCCUCAUCACCAAGCAUAAAUAUUCUGAGCCGAGUGACCAGCCGUUCUUCCCUCCGCUCUUCAUCCUCUGAUUCAAGUGGAAGAGCAAAGAGUGAGGAUGAUACAAAGAAAAAAGGGCAGAGAUCUGCAUCUAGGCUAAAUGACAGAGUCACCUGGAGGAGGAUAAGGGAUGAAGAUGUACCUCAGAUAUUGAAAAGCACUCUGCCAGCCAAUGCAUUACCUCUGGUGCCUUCUCCUGAUGGGGAAAAGCCAAAGCCACCAGCUCUUCCAGGAAAACUGCCGACAAUUCUGCUUGCAUCACGCAAGACGAGCGAUGCAACAGUCCAGACAGAAGAUUUUUCAAAUAAGAUCAACUCGAGCACCUCUCCGACGGUAGAAACUGCUCCGGUGAGCUCAGAGGAAGUGGCGAGACUAACCCUCCUCAGAAAGUUCAGUUCCAACUCUGGGAGUACACUCCAAGAUGGAGAUUCUGACAGCUCAGUGAGGAGCCACAGCGCCGUCUCCACAGGAACUUCAGACGGCCACGUGGGUGGAGCUGUUCAUUUCCGCCAAGGAUCCCCCAGCAAGGCUGCCAGAGUCACUCCAUUCAACUACAUCCCCAGCCCCAUGGUCUGCUGCCUGCAAGACACACUGAGCCAGGCAGCCACAAUCAAUGAAAAGUCAGGGGAAAAGAGUGAGUCGUAA